AUGGCUGUAACAUUGCACACCCACAAGCACUACGGACAAAUACCUGUCGCUGCGCCCCGCAGCGUCACCCAGACGUUUCAAGCCAAACCGAAUCCUCUCACGCUAUUCAAAUUCCAGGAUGACUUGAAGAGUUACCCAACAACUCGACCCUUGAUCCCAAGACAAUUAUUCUCAAGGACCAAGACCUCAGUCUUGAUACUCCUAGCCAUCACCGCAUAUCAACUCACAAAACCUGCGAUAGGAAUCGAUGCGGCGCUACCUCCCCAAAUGUUUGAUCCUCAACCGCAACAGCCAAUCAAGCACAAGCCAGAAGAAUUUUCAAGUCUCUUAAGCGUCCGAAAAUUCUCCUUUGGUACUCUUACCGGCAUCUGUGCUGGCGUUUCAUUGAUCAAGAUCAAUUGGAAGACAUGGGCCAACCAAUACGAGUCCAAGUUCUGGUUGGCCAAGGAGCCACCGACCAAGUCGAUUGUCGCCAGGUUUAUGGACUUCUUGAGGAGCGAUUUCCCGUAUUGA